CAGUGCAACCAGACCCGCUCACUAAUGAUUUCUCUUCUUUGUUGUAGCCGCCCACCUCCUUCUCGUGUCCCUCCCCCUGCUCAUCCUCCACCAGCAGCCGUUGCCCCAACCUCAGUGCAGCCACGCCAGCCAGGUCUGAUGGCACAGAUGGCAAGCACGGCUGCGGGAGUGGCGGUGGGCUCAGCAGUUGGCCAUGUGAUGGGUAGUGCUCUGACAGGUGCCCUCAGUGGAGGAAGCAGCUCUGAACCGGCCAGGGCUGACGUUACCUAUCAGGAGCCUCCACUGGCAGCCCCUCUGACCCAGUCACAGACCCAGCAGAACAUACCAUGCCAAUUUGAAAUGAGGCAAUUCCUGGAGUGCGCCCAGAACCAGCAUGAUCUGACUCUCUGCGAUGGAUUCAAUGAAGUGUUGAAGCAAUGUAAAUCAUCACAUGGUUUGUCUUGAAGAUGUGCUGGUUGGAAGCCUAGAGUUUGAUGAGGAAAGGCAGGAAUACGAUGAUCCUGUUGAAGUCUUCUGAAUUCAUUGAAGUGCAGAGAGUUCAGUUAUGCACAGUCACUGGAUGUUAAUAAAAUAUUCUUGUAAUUGGA